UUCUCCUGUUUGUACUCGUUGUUGGUACAGGAAACAGCAGCUUCUGUGACUGCGCUUUCUAAUGUCAGCGAGCCGGUGGAAAGCAUAUUCUUCGUGCACAUUGACGAUGGUUGGGUGUGGCUGCGCGUCGUUGCUGAGUCGGAUCCCAACACUCAGGACCCCGUGUCCGGGGACAUUAAUGUUACUCUGGUACCAGGUGGCCGAAAUUCCAGUCCGGAAGCCCUGGGCGGUGUGCAUUCCUUUAUUGAGGAACCGAGUAUUGUAGCGAAGUCUCCAUCAUCACAGCCCGUGUAUUUCGAUUCAGAUAGUUCCCUGUCAUUGCGUUCCGCGCCUACUGAGCAACGUUUGCCAACGACCGUCCCAGUACCCACCGUGGAUGUUGCUGAUGUUCUCAGCUUCGGUGCUGCAGCUCCUGUUGAGUAUAGCAGUGCUAUACAUGAGCCUGCGGUUAACACGCUGGGUACACUCUCGGCGGUUCCACUGGCGUUCCACUUCUACAGUGAUGCAUGCGGAGCGCACACGGACUGCUCGGCGUGCGUCACCAACAGUUCUUGUGGAUGGUGUGCGCAGAGAGGAACCUGCGUGCACAUGUCCAGCACUCAAAUCGGAUCCUGCCCUGGACCAGCUACAUUCAAUGGUUCCAGCUGGAUUCAGGACUCGGCUAGCUGCCUAUCGUGUCAACAUCGUGAUACAUGCGAUGCUUGUCUGGAUAGCAUAGCAUGUGAGUGGAAUAUGAAUGGAUUCUGCCAAUUGAUCGCACCAGGAACGAUUGGAAGCAUAGUGGCAAGCUCCUCUACUGUCAGGAUGAAGCAAGAAUGUCCUCUUCCUUGUCCUCAACGUAGCCGAUGCGAUGAGUGUAUGCUUGGUGGGUUCGCACGGCCGUGCGUGUGGUGUGUCAGUACGGGAAAGUGUCAUGAUCAGGCCAAGAUGCCACUUGUCAAUGCCUACGGACAGUGUCGCCUCUACUUCUCAAACAGCCCGGACAUGUGCAGGAAUUGCUCGGCACGGACUGUGUGUAGUGACUGCCUUGCCACACCAUCCGCACAGGAUCGUUUCUGCGGCUGGUGCAUGGACGUCAGCGAUCCGCAGAGUGGCAGAUGUAUGCCUGGCAGCUUUGACGGACCAUCCGCCAAUGAAACUUGCGAUAUUUCACCCAUGGAUACAAGACGUGUACCUGUGUACGCCAACCACACCUGGUCUUUCACACGGUGUCCUGCCGUGGACUGGUGUAUGCUGAAGAACACGUCGUGCGGCAGCAAUGCUUCCUGUCACAAUGAUGUGGACAGUGGCUACUGUCACUGUGAUGUGGGUUUCACUGGUGAUGGACUGCGCUGUGAAGAAUGGUGUCCUGUGUCAUGUGGUAGACAUGGUCAUUGCUCCGGGUCCCCGCUCUUCCAGUGCGUAUGUGAUCUUGGCUGGACUGGUGAAGUGUGUGGAGAAGAUUGCGAGUGUAAUGGUUGGAGCACGUGCGCAAGCGGCCGUGGACUGUGCGACGACUGCCAGAACAACACAGCUGGCAAGUCUUGCGAGCUGUGCAAGCCGCUGCACUUUCGCAAUGCCACAUCGGAUACGUGCCGACAGUGUGUGUGCAGUGAUCGUGAAGACAUGAGUGUAGGCGGCUGCAAUACUACCAGCGGUGCGUGCUACUGUUCUCUGGGCUAUGCUGGCGAACAGUGCGAGAAGUGUGAGAGUGGAUAUCGAUUCUAUCAAGGUAAAAGCGAAAGCCUGUGCUUGAAGCAGUGUGCCACGCGGCUGGUGACGCACUCGACCGGCACACUGCAGUACGUGUCCACAGUGCAUAUCAACCCGCUGCUGUACUCUGGCCUCACCCACUGUGCACUAGUUAUCAUUGCUGCUGAUGCAGCAGCAGCCACAGCGACGGCAGUGACUGCAAGCACACCGGAUGCAUCGCUCCAUCUCACCCAAGACAAUGUCUCACAGGUUGUGGCCCCUGGCCUUGCCAUUGAGCUUACCAUUCAUUGGUUAUCCCUGCCGUGCAACAAUGAGUCAGUGCUGGUCUACGAUGAUCUACACUUGGACACUAGCUCUCUCGCAAACUACACGCUGAUCGGAAUGGUGUCUGGCCAGAACAACCAUGCGCUUCCUGGAGCUAAGUUCUACAGUGUGUCGGGCAUUAUGACUGUGUUCCUGCCCGUGUUUAACGAUGACGGUGACGGUGUUGUGGUUACUCAUCGCUCAAUUCCGUGCAUGGAUUGUCCACAGCCGCAGCGUUCGUGCGUGGCGCAGUCAGAGGACACGCUUGUCUGCGAUGGGCUUCACACGGUAUCUAUCUGCAGAGAUUGCAAGUACCGGUGUGUCAAUAACUCUGGACAAUGCCGGUGCCUGAACACAUCCAGUACUGAGGAAGGCUGCAGCAACCCACGCACCAGUCCCACCCAACCUGGCUGGGCUAACCUGUCCUCCAGCUGGCUGGUACCACAAGAGCUGGACAACAUCCACGAAUGCACAGUUUCUAACCCAUGCCCGAUGACAUCAUUUCCUCCUCGCUACGAGCACACAGCCGUGUGCAUUCGCAGCACCCUUGAAGACCUGCUGUACGUCUUUGGAGGCAUCGACAGCACUGGGCGAAUGCUAUCGGCGGAUGUUGCAGUUGUAUCUACAUCUUCCUAUACGUGGCACGUGCUGAAAAUGAAGGCAGGAAAGUCUCAAAGAGGUGACAAUGUGAUCACCCCGAGAUACGCUCACUCCACUGUUUUGUCUUUGCAGGAGCAGAAAAUGUAUGUGUUUGGUGGUGUCCUGGAGAACAAUGUCACCACCUCUGAGCUAUGGGAGCUAAGCCUGGGCAUCAAGAAAAGUACAUGGACUUCUCUGCAACAGGGCUCCGCAUCACCUCUUGGCAGGGCCUUUCACAGCUUGACAAUGACAGCGACAAACGGCUCGAGGGAGCUUCUACUCCUAGGUGGCUAUGCUGCAAUCAACUCGUCUAUGAAGACCAUAAUCAGCUGCAGAACCGUACAUGUGUACAGGCUAUCCCAGGGAGUUUGGGUGGAGCGACAAACACAAGGACCAGCGCCCAGCGUGUAUGGCCACACAGCCAGCUAUGUGAAGGGUGAAGACGGUGACGUGGACAGUGUUGUGGUGCUGGGCGGAAGCCAGUAUCUUGCUGGCCACGUGGCUGACGGGCGCACGCUGAGCUACUCCGACGACCUCGUACUGUUCAGACUGCGCCUGCGGGACUGGACCUGGGAGUACAUUCUGCCAACUCAACCUGUGCCAACGUUCCUUAGGCCUCUUGCUGUACCUUCUGAUAUCUCCGGGCACCAGUCAGUCACACUCUACAGCCAUUUGAUCGUUGUGAUCGGAGGCAGCACUCUGAAGAGAUCUCCAGCCUGUUCUCAGCUGACCGUGCUGCUGUACAACACAAAAUGUGCGGCUUUUGCUGUGCUUAAUUUCUCCCAGCAAACAGAUGAUUUCAGUAUACCGUACCUGGAGUAUCACACAGCCACGCCAAGCAGUAGUGGGCACACUGCCUAUGUCUUGGGUGGAGUGAAGAACGGACUGGUGUCCGGUGAUAUGGCAAUGUUCACCGUGCCCGACCAGCUAGACACUUGGUGUUCGCUGGCCAUGGAUGAAACGUCGUGCGGUGCUUUGGACAGCUCAUGUCUCUGGUGUUCUCCCCAGGGCCACGGCGACCCAUACUGUGUGUCCAAAUUCUCCAACACCAGUCACUGCGGUACCCCAGAUGAUUACGAAAAUGCCGUGUGUGCAGACAAUAGCAAAUGUGACAGCUUCCACUCCUGCCUGGGCUGUGUUGGCCGAACUGGAUGUCUCUACAAUGCUGAUCAAGCCUCUUCCCAAUGUCAGACGGAGGAGAACACGUCCAUGGGGAAGAAGAGUCUACUAUCACGCUGGCAAGACUGUCCAGUAGCCGGCACAAAGUGCUAUCUGCAGGCCCAGUGCGACAAGUGCUUGAAAUCCAGAACAAACUGUUCUUCAGCUGCCCUCAUGUACACCAGGUCUGGAGUCAUGUAUCCUGCUCAGAUGUGCACAGUUGCUGCAAGAAAUGAUAGUAUUGUUUUGCCUGUCAAUAACUGCUCGUUGACGUGUUCCGUGGAGUGUCCCGUGGAUUGCUCCGCUCACACCACAUGCUCGGCCUGUGUGGAGUCAAUAAGCUACAGCGCACCACCGCUAUCGCACCAGCUGCAGCAACCUCGCUGCUUGUGGAGUGCAUCACAACAGGCCUGCAUGUCACUCGAUGAAAGCAAUGUGCUGUGCCCGGGUAUGAGGUGUGGAUCGAUCGCUUCCCAGGAGAGUCAGUGCCCAGUGAUUCACUGUGGCCGAUUCAAGAACUGUCACAGUUGUCGACAAGCUCUUGGCUGUGGGUGGUGUCGACAACCUACUGGCAAUGGGACGUGUUUGAGUGGCGGACCUAGCAUGCCAGACACAUGUCGCAUGUUCAAUAGCAUGUACAGCCGCUUCUCGGACUUCUACGCACGCUUUCCUCCAAACCUGGUCAGUCGUGUGCUUCUCCAUAUCUCCAGCAAUCCGUGGAACUACUUCACCUGCCCACUUGUUGAUGAGUGCUCGACUGGCACACAUAACUGCCCCGACACACAGAUAUGUGUGGACGAAGAUGACGGAUUUGGCUGCGCCUGUGCACCUGGAUUUAACAACAUGAAUGGACAAUGUGUACCUGUGUGUCCAAGUGACUGUGGAGAGUAUGGGCAGUGCGUCUCACCCAAUGUGUGUAAGUGUGACUAUCACUGGACGGGAUCACGGUGCAGAACGCCGUGCGAGUGCAACGGGCACAGCGACUGCCAGGACGCCACACCGGCCGGCGUCAAGACAUGCCUCAACUGCACGAACAACACGCAUGGGCCACAAUGUAACUUCUGUGAUGCCGGGUAUGUUGACAUCACCUUGAGCAAUCAGCCAGUCACUUGUGUCUCGUGCCACAAGUUCUGCCACUGGAAUAGCAAAACCUGCAAUCGGCUUGGCAACGGCACAGAGCCCCUUAGAGUGGACAACACUGUCUGCUCAGACUGUAGUAACAACACACAUGGAGAUCGGUGUGACAAGUGCGACGAGGGCCACUUCCACUCUCCUUCGCAACCACAUUAUCUUAUGGCGGGCACAUACCUUUGCCAGAGAUGCCGCUGCAAUGGACAUGCCACGGGUAACUGUGGCAAGGGAGGCAGCGAGUGUGUUUGUCAAAACAAUACCCAGAGUACAGAGUGCUUGGACCAUGCUUCGGAAAUGUGUUACUUAUAUCAGUGUGAUCGGUGUAGAUCAGCGUACAUCGGUACCCCGGUCAAUGGCCAGCAAUGCUAUUUGCUCAUUUCUUCUGACGAUGCGUUUACGGAGGACAUACCAUAUGGUGGUAUGAGGUUCUUCAGCAUUCCACCUCGCUAUACAAACGUGGACAUCCGCCUCACUGUUGUGUCUCAUGUUGGCGAGGUUGAUGUCUGGCUGGGCACGUCAGACUCUGAUCUAUCUGUGGAGUCCAGCCAGAGUGUCCAUUACGUGUUCUCCAAGCUGCUAUCCGCCAACCAGGGCAGGGCGACACUAUGCAGUAGAUCGUGGAGUGCAUCGAUGAAUGAGAAUACGUUCAACGAGCCACCCACAGUGGUCACGGUCAGCGAGCACGGCUUCCGCAAAUGUGCUUUCCAGGGAGAGCUGGUGAUGAGACUGCCACACUCCAAGCACGCCCUCCAUCGACAAAAGUUUUUCCUGGCCCUGCGCGCGCUGUCCGUGCACCCCAACGUCUCCAGCCGCAACCGCAGCACCGGUGUAGUGCCAUCUCACGGCACAACCGUCACAGUCUACUACCAGCAAGAUCUGCUGCAGAUUGACCUCAUCAUCUUCUUCUCCUGCUUCUUCUCUAGCUUCUUCUUGCUGCUGCUGGUCUCGAUGGCACUGUGGAGGUUCAGAGCUAUGUACCAGGCACAUGUCCGGCGUCUGCAAAACGUGGCAAGGAGGGAGCAGAAUGCCAAUCGGCCAUUCGUGCAGCUCAAAGUCCUCCUUCCUUCCGAGCAGGCUGGAAAUUCUGGGAAUGUGCAGGUGGAUGGAAUGCAAGGGGGCUCUGCCCUUGCUGCUCGCAAACAUAGCAUUAUAGCACAUCAGCCAAUCAAGGAUGGAAAAGCUUGGCUUUCAACGUCCUUUAUCCGACUGCCGAGUGAAGACAAUGGUUCCCACUUGGCAUUGGCGUCAGCGAUAACCCUAUCUCCAUCCGACAACUCUCCUCUCCUUGCGGGGCUAAGGCGGAGAGCAUUCAACAGUUACUCGGCACAACUGUCUAGGCCCUGGCGUCAGCGUCAGUACCAGUAUGAUAUUGCUGGUGACCAUGGCAACGGUGAUCCUGCGCUGUGAGAUGAUUGUGUAAAUAUGAUGUAAAAUGUUUUUUCUUGUCCCUUGAUCAUGCCAAGAUCGUAUGAGGUACUUGAGUGUUGCUUGAUGAGUGUCGUUUGAUGUACUUUUGAGCCUAUUUAUUAUCGACCACCCGCAAGACAGUGCUCUUUAGGUGCACUGUACUGCAGCCUGCUAUCCGUCACUUUCUUGUCUUUUUCACUACCGAUCCAUGUCGCCCUCUCCAGCAUAUCUCCUAUACCAGAAAAAUCAACGACAACAUUCUUCAAUUCUGUCCAUUUCGAAUGAUUAUUAUACUCAGUGAAGAACACACAUCAGUCCAUAUUUUUUUGUUUCGUUUAUUUCAGUUCUUGGUCGGUAUCAUAAUGGCAUGGUAAAACUUGUGUCACCGUACAUGUAUCAGAUGCCAUACACAGUCUGCCACUCAGUUCAUGAAAUGGAUAAAAUCCGACGCAUGUAUAACCCCUUCUUUA